AUGAUGGAGCAAAGGGUUCCGCUUCCUGGAGAGUCUGCGGAGGGCUGUCGCAAGCGAGUAAUGGCAGAGUGCCGACGAAGGUGGCAUUCUGACCAGGAGUUGCGAGAUGCAUUUUCUGAACGGGCCAAGUCUUUUAAUCAGGAGGAAAGAGCAGAAGCAAGGGUAGUGGCUGCCACGUCCAGAAAUGCACCUGAGCCUGCAGGUGCUACCGUAGCAGCUCAUGCGAACAACUCUACAUCUACUUUGGUGACAAGUCAGGGAGUUGCCGCAAAGUACGUGCCUCACUUGGCCCCGCACGGGGGAUUUGGCUGCCUUGGCCUUGGAGACCGCAGCUUUGGCAUCAGCAAAAUGAUGGUGAAAGAGACCGACGAUGCAACCACAGGCUUUGUUCAGCGAUGGAGCAAUGAUUGGCGCCGAUACGUUGGCGGCAUUUGCGAGGUCCAGGUCAGCAGGAAGAAGAAGAACAUGGGUCCAAACGUCACCAUCCGACAUCCUUUUUUGGUGGCCGGGAAGCGCUGCGGGUAG